GGGAAGCAGCCGCUGCGAGCCACCGUUGUUGCUGCUGCUGCCGCUGCUGGCCCAGGCAGCCCCUCUACCACCAGGAAGUCCGGCUGCCCUGGCUAUGGCCAAGGUUGGGGGUCGCACGGCCUGCUUCAUCCUGCUAGGCUUGGCCAUCCUGGUAGCCGUCAUUGUCCUCACCAGCAUCCUGGCCCCGCGCAGCACGUGCCCGAAGAGAAGCUACCCCACCGCUGCUGUGGCAGCCGACAGCAAACGCUGCUCGAACAUCGGCAGGGACAUCCUGAAGCAAGAUGGCUCCCCAGUGGACGCGGCCAUCGCUGCCCUGGUCUGCACCUCGGUCAUCAACCCUCAGAGCAUGGGCCUGGGAGGCGGGGUCAUCUUCACCAUCUAUAAUGCCAGCACAGGAGAGGUAGAAGUGAUCAACGCUCGGGAAACCGUGCCCAAGACAGUCCCCCUGACUCUGCAGGAGCGCUGUAAGAAAGAUAAGCCACUGGGAAAAGGGGCCUAUUGGAUUGGAGUUCCAGGAGAGCUCCGAGGUUACCAGCUAGCACACCAGCGCCAUGGUCGCUUGCCGUGGGCCCAGCUGUUCAAGCCCACCAUCCGCCUCCUCCAGGAAGGCCUCCGAGUCCCCAAGGUCCUGAACUUGUUCCUCAACAGCUCUCUUCUUACUCAGGCCAUAUAUAACUCCUCUCUUUGCCAGCUCUUUUUCAAUGGGAAGAAGCCGUUGGCAGAAGGCGAGUCUCUGCUGAGGCCCGAGCUGGUGCAUACCCUGGACAGCGUGGCGGAGAAGGGCGCUGAUGAAUUCUACGAGGGCUCUCUAGCUGAGGAUCUUCUGGAGGACCUCGCCAUGGAAGGAAGCGUACUGACCAAGGAGGACCUGGCCGGCUUCCAGGCCGAGGUGGUCAAGCCUCUGACCCUGAGCCUGGGGGACUACACUCUGUACUCGCCCCCACCCCCCGCCGGAGGGGCCAUCCUCAGCUUUGUCCUCAAUGUGCUCAAAGGCUUCCAUUUCCCCCAGGACUCCCUGGCCCAGAUCCAGGGGAAGGUCAGCAUGUACCACCGGGUAGUGGAGACCCUGAAGUUUGCCAGUGGGCUGAAGUGGGUGCUGAGAGAUCCCCGGAGCUGCCCAGAGUGCCCGGCCCUGUACCUAGACCUGCUGACUGAGGAGUUGGCCCAGAAGGUCCGGGACUUGAUCAGCCCCCAGGGCAACCACACACCCAGCUACUACAACAUCAGCUUGCCCAGCAUGGGGGGGCAGGAGGUGGGUACCUCCCAUGUGGCCAUCCUGGGCCCGGAUGGCAGUGCCGUGUCUGCCACCAGCACCAUCAACACCCCGUUCGGCUCCAUGGUGUAUUCCCCAAAGACUGGCCUCAUUCUCAACAACCAGCUACUGGACCUCUGCUGGAGGACGACUCCAGGCUCCAGCGUGCUGCUGAGCCCAGUUCCAGGGGAAAGGCCCCCCUCUUCCAUGGUACCAUCCAUCUUGAUCUCCAAAGAUCAGAAGUCCAAGCUGGUGAUCGGGGGCUCCGGAGGGCAAUUAAUCAUUCCAGCCACAGCUUUGGCCAUCAUGAACAGCCUAUGGUUUGGUCUGGACCUUCACGAAGCCAUCAAGGCAAAAAUUCUCCACGUGAGUCCCACAACCAAGGUUCAGUUUGAGCCAGGCUUCGACCAGACUAGGUCAAUGUCAGCCUCCGGCCCAGGUGCUCAGGGAGGACAGCCGGCAUCUGUGUCUGCCAAGGUGGCAAAAGCCAUCAGGGAGCAGGAGAGAAGGAAGGAUCAGAAGAAGAAACUGGGGGUGCUACACUGGGAGGAGACUCAGAGAGGAGCCAGCAGAGGUAGUACAUCCUCUGGACACCCACCAGACAGCUCUGGGAUGUCCUGCCUCAUGAGAGCACAAGAUCAGUCCGUGGUCGAAACGCUGGGUCAUCCGCAGCCCCCACCUCCAUCCACAGUGCCUCCCCUCCCCCCACAUGGCACGGCCCUUCAGGGCAAGCUGGCCUAGAAGGUAUUCACUGUCCUGGACAUGCCAUCUCAUGCCUCUGCCGCCUUUGUGUAGCACCAGUGCAGUGUCGGACACAUAGAAGGGCGUAAUCGGUCCAAUCACUGGCAAUCACCACUCCUCAUGUCCAGCCUACCCCAUGCCAUCUCACCCCAGGGCUUCCUGAGGCCAAAGAAGUGAACCUGGGCUAAGAAGGACAAGCCUGCUCUGAGAGACCCCUCUGCUGCCAGGAUGUCCACCCCAUACCAGGAGCCAGGAAGCUGAAAGAAGAGGAGCAGGGCGUCAGGCUGAGUCCUCGAGACCUCAGGCAUUGAAAUGUGGCUGGUCACUGCUUCCUCCUGAUCCCAGCCUAUGCAGCCACUGGAUGCUGGGUGCAGCCUCAGUCCUCCUUAACAUUCCAUCGGCUUCAGGACAGGUGGCCAUAGAGGUUGCUGUAAGCCUUGCCCCUUGUCUGCUUCUGACCAGCUCUGAGCUCGACAGCCUGCUUGGCUCACUACUCUCUUUUCUUAUUUUUCAUUUUGCACCCACACCACCUUCACUUCUGAAUAUACCCUUCCCUCCUCGCCUCCCCAGAGUGCCAGCCCCAGGACAAAAAAUAAAACAGAGAGACAAAACCAAAGCAGGUCAGCAAAGCGAACACACCAAUCGGGCCCAACCGUGCAUUCAACCUUCCACACCUGCAGUCUCCCACCUCUGCCUAGAUGGAUUCCCUUCCCUUCUCCCCCUCUCCUGGGCUGGUCAUUAUAAACGGAGAGCUUUGCUCAGCAAUCGCACUUCUAGGGCUGGAUCCCAGAGAGAUAGUACAAAUGGGAAAAGGAACCACAUGUACAAAAAUACCCAUAGCAGCUCUUUCUGUGGUGGCAAAGAAAUGGAAA